AUGUCGACGCCUUCACAGGAAGAUCAGGCCAAGAAGGUGCUGAAGGCGAUGAAAAUCGCCUCCAACACUGUGCGGGAGGCUAUCGCCAAUGCCAUCCCGGUUGCCUCGAACCAGGUUUUGACCGUCGCUGUCCCUGGUACCAUUAUCAACUGGAAAGAUUUUUACUACGACGCCGACGAACAAAUCAAGACUCCGACAGCUGUCCGGGCCCAGGAAGCCCGACUGGCCGACGGCAUGAUCCCGCUGUCCAAGUUCACCGCUGGUAAGACGGGCAAGAGUGUUGCACGCAGCUAUCUUGCAGCCCUAGAUCUCCUCGUCCCCAUUGAGGCCUCUGUUUCUGGAGUCAUUGGGAACGCGGCAACUCAGGUGACGGACGACCGACUGAAGGUCAUUCGGGACCGCUACAAGGCGUCAAUGGACUAUCUCAAGUCUGGCGAUGACAGCCCCGGCUCCGCGGGAAAGAGCAAGGUCGAAACUUACGUAGCGAAACAGUCGGCUUGGGCAAAGGAGGUAGCCGCCUACGACCAUGCCCAAGGACAGGCGCUGAAGGACUUUGCACCACCCCAGGGUUCCAGCACGGCUCAGGUCAAAGAGUCGCGCGAGAAGUACAUGCAGUGGCUUCAAGAGAAUGCCCGCGCAUACAAAAACAACAUCCAGGCCAAGUACAUGGACUGGGUGGUGCACGGGUACAAGUUCAUGGUCGACUUCCACUUUGGCGUCGUCGACAUCAGCUCUGGCAUGAAGCGUAUCGAGAACAGCAAGGAGGCGUACCGAAACCUCACCAUCGUUGCUGAUGACGGCGCGAGCGAGUACAACGGAGUCGUCCUCACCCCGAGCCACUGGGCCACCAUCAUCCGCGACAAGGUCCGGGGCUGGAAGAAGCGCAACGACAAACCCAUGCCCGCGGAGAUUCGAGUAGAACUUCGCCGGCUGCAGAACUUGCUGGCGUCCCACGAGACUCUGAAACAGGGAAUCGAGCAAGAUGCCUUCUUCCCUGUGGCCAUGACCAGUUCGAACACAGCCGACGACAACCUGAAGCGGGCAUAUGCCGAGGUGUAUGCCAACAUGGACGACAAGAACUAUGCGCAGCUCCAGGGCACCAGGACCGACAAGACAGCGUGGCUGAGUGGGUACAGGGGCUCCACUACUACCAACGGCCAGGGGCAGAACGAGGACCAUCCGGCCGAGGGCACCACCGAGUCGCCAUCUGCAGACCCCCUCACCAAGCUCGUCAAAGCGCAGGCGGCCUGGAACGACGCGGGUUCCAAGCGCAGCGCGCAGGCGGUGCGCAGCGGCGAGGCGAGCAUUAAGGAUACAGCCAAGUCGUGGCUCGACGCGCGCAUCGGCCAGCUCAGCCGCGACAUUGCCGACCUCGAGAAGCAGCUGAGCGUCGCCUCGGGGACGGCCGGCAAGAUGCUGGCCCUGCCCGUCGUCAACCAAGAGGGCAUCGUCAUCAGCGACAGCGACAUUGCCGUCAACCCCGAGCUCGUAGGCAAGAAGAACCCCAAUGUCGGCGAGGACGGCGAGGAGGCCGAUCCCUGGACCAAAAUCUCGUGCAAAGCGUCUUCCAACACGGACAUCCGAGAGACAUCCACGUCGCAAUCAGCCAGCUCCAUCGCAGCCAAGGCGAACUGGUGCCUGUUUUCGGCGUCGGGCGGCGCGAGCCACACGGAGAGCUCGGCGAAGGCGAUGCAGUCGAUGGCGAACCUCGACGUGGAGAUGACCAUGGACUGCAUGGUGGUCGAGAUUGAGCGGCCGUGGCUGCACGCCGAGCUGUUCGCCGACGCCGAGCUCGACUCGGGCCGCUUCGACAUCUCGCCCGGCGAGGCCCGCCUCAAGCAGAUGUACGAGAACGAGGAGGUGCCUGCCGGCUACUACCAGCAGUUCUCGUCGUACCCGACCGCGUUUGUUGUUGCCGCUGAUGUCGAGCUGAGCUUCUCGGGCGACACGUCGGCCCUGGAGAGCGCCGUGUCCGCGUCGUCGACCUCGGCCAACGUCUCGGUCGGCUACGGCCCGUUUGCAGUCUCUGCGUCGCGCAGCCAGUCCAAGUCCAACUCCAAGACCAAGAUGCAGUCCACUGCUACCGGAUGCAAGAUCUCGAUCCAAGCCCCCCAGAUUGUCGGCUGGGUUCAGACGUUGCUGCCCCAGCUCCCCAGGCCGAGAGACGGUGCCAGCAUGGUUGGAAUGUUCAACUGA